AAAACUCAAGUUUUGAUGUGCAUAGAAUUCAUUAUAAACCAUCCAAACCAUGGCAUUGACAAAAUUUUUUUCUUUUCUUUAAUCGUAUCACUGGUUACAUUUGUAACAUCUGAUUCCUUGAAAUGUAGCACGAUCCGAAAUGAAGAUCGUAUUGAUUGUAAUCCUGAUCCUCCAAUCUCGAAAAAUGUUUGCGAACAACGUGGAUGUUGUUGGAAGACACCCGGUAAUGAUCUGAAGAAUUUGUCAAGCAAAGCUCUUCCCAAUCUGAAUGUACCUUAUUGCUAUUAUGGUGAAAAUUACAUUGGCUACAAAAUUGAAAAACAUUCAAAAAAUCUCAUUCAAUUAAAACGUAAUCGAUCAUCUGGAUUCGCUCGUGAUAUUGAAAACAUAAAUAUCGAAAUCCAUGAAUUGAACGAUAAAGUAAUUCGACUCAAAUUUAUCGACGCAAACAAAAAAAGAUAUGAAGUGCCGAUACCAAAAUUAAAUCUACCUUCUACAUCAUCAUCAUCGAAUUCUCGAUUGUAUUCAGUGGAACUGGACAGCUCUCAUCUUAUCGUUCGAAGACGUGAAACCAAUCAAUCAAUUUUUGAUAUUAAUCUUGCUUACAUGGUAUACUCAGAUCAAUUGAUUCAUGUAACAUCAAGACUGCCCUCCAAAUAUAUUUAUGGCCUUGGUGAACAUCGUGCACCAUUCCGUAAAAAUACAAACUGGAAACGUUAUACUCAAUGGACAAGAGAUCAAUAUCCAGUAACUGACAAGGCUUUGUAUGGAAACCAUCCAUUUUAUCUGACAGUUGAAGAUGAAAGUCCGAAAAAAUCUGCAAGUGGUGUGUUCUUGUUCAAUAGCAACGCAAUGGACAUUAUUACUCAACCGUCACCUGCCAUCACAUUUCGUACAAUCGGUGGAAUUUUAGACUUUUUCGUCUUUUUUGGUCCUAAACCGGAGGAUGUUAUUUCGCAAUAUCAAAAUUUGAUCGGUUUACCAGCUAUGCCACCGUUUUGGUCAUUGGGCUAUCAACAAUGCCGAUAUGGAUACAAUAACUUUACAAAUUUAAAUGCAACUUAUACACGAACCAGAGCGGCAGGAAUUCCUAUGGACGUUCAAUGGACCGAUAUUGAUGCGUUUAAUUCGAAUAAUGAUUUUACGUAUGACCACAAACGAUUCAAAGAAUUGCCAGAUUUCAUAAAUAACGUAUUGCAUCCGAAUGGACAGAAAUUUAUACCCAUGUUUGACUGUGGUAUUUCAAGUGGAGAAUCUGCUGGUUCCUAUAAGCCAUUCGAUAGCGGUGUUGAACUUGAUGUAUUCGUCAAAAAUUCAUCCAAUAAAAUAUUUCGUGGAAAAGUCUGGAAUGGAAAAUCUACAGUAUGGCCUGAUUUCAGUCAUCCUAAUGCAACCGAAUAUUGGAUGGAUAUGUUUGCUGAGUACCAUCAAACAAUCGCAUUCGAUGGCGCUUGGCUCGAUAUGAAUGAGCCAUCGAAUUUUUAUGAUGGUGAAGAGCAUGGUUGUCCUGAAUCAGAAAUUGAAAAUCCACAAUACGUACCCGGAAUGACUGAUGAUAGUCUGACUUUAAGACAUAAAACCCUUUGCAUGACUGCUCGUCAUUAUGAUGAUCAACUACAUUAUAAUCUGCACAAUUUGUAUUCCUUAUCGAUGGCGAUGGCUACGAAUGCGGCACUGACUAAAUUGAAUAAACGACCAUUUAUUAUAUCUCGCGCUACAGCACCUGGACAUGGCCAUUGGGCUUAUCAUUGGAACGGUGAUAUUCUCUCCGAUUGGUCUUCAAUGAGAUGGACUAUACCAUCUAUAUUGAAUUUCAACAUGUUUGGCAUACCAAUGGUAGGAGCUGAUAUUUGUGGAUUCGGCGGCAAUACGGUUGAAGAACUUUGUAUUCGAUGGUAUCAACUUGGUGCUUUUUAUUCGUUUGCUCGUAAUCAUAAUGACAUCCAUGCAAUCGAUCAAGAUCCAGCAGCUUUGGGUGAAAGUGUUAUUAAAGCAGCACGAAGUUCACUUCAAUAUCGAUAUAGAUUUCUAGCUCAUUUAUACACACUGUUCUAUCAUGUACACAAGAAUGGCGGAACUGUUUUGCGUCCAAUGUUUUUCGAAUUUCCACAUGAUGAACAUACAUAUGAAAUUGAAACACAAUUCAUGUGGGGCGAUUCAGUGUUGAUAGCUCCGAUUCUAUACCCUAACCAGACUCAGCAUAAAAUCUAUCUACCAAAAGGUACAUGGUACAAUAGGAAAGUAUCAUUCGAAAGCCAAGGACAAUACAUAACAAUGAAUGAUUCAUAUGACGAUAUCGAUUAUGUUUUCGUUCGUGGUGGUUCAAUCAUACCGACACAAGAACCACACGACAAUACGGAAUUGAUGAAAACAAAAGAUUUCUUACUGAUUGUAGCUCUAGACAAUCAAACUUCAUAUGCCAAAGGAUCAUUGUAUUGGGAUUCCGGUGAUAGUUUGAAUCCAGAUGAAACUGGACAUUACAAUUUUUACAAUUUUGAUGCUGUAAAUAAUACAUUAACUAUCCAAUCACAAUGGCUUGGAUAUCAAACAACACAAAACAUAAAUUUUAUCAAUAUUCUUGGUGUACCAAAGCUGCCAAUUUCCUUUAAAUUGAAUGGACAUGUAUCAGAUCCACGAAUCAUACGCUUUAAUUAUGAUGAACAAACGAAUAUUUUGACCGUUGAAACUAAAUUGCCAAUUUAUAAUCAGGAUUCAUCAUCACAUGAUCGUAUACAUUAUCAAUUUGAAUGGAUAAUGGAAUGAAAAAACGAUGAUUGAAAAUAAUC